CGAGCCGACUGAACCAGACAAGUUUAUCCGCGCACCAAACGAGCUCUGUUCUUCAAUUGACCGAUCCAGACAUAGUGAUUCAAACUGGAGAUCAAAGAUGGGUUUGGUGUGGACGAUCGUUGAGUUGAUCAUCAUCGUGGCUCUGAUAGUGGCUUUAGGGUUAGCUGCUGCCAUUGUAUUGGAAACAUUAAGAAGACGUUAUAAUCACAGUCAUGUUGAAGCUCCUCCGAUCUUCGAGGAUCCAAAGUCGUUGAAACCGGUUCCAUGUCCUCAUAUUUUUGAUCCUGCAGAAAAGUACAUAUCAUUGAUUGUUCCUGCAUUCAAUGAAGAGCAUAGGCUUCCUGGAGCACUCAAUGAGACCAUGAAUUAUCUUCAACAACGGGCAGCAAAGGACAAGUCAUUUUCUUAUGAGGUGGUAAUUAUUGAUGAUGGAAGUGCUGAUGGAACGAAGAGAGUAGCUUUUGACUUUGUAAGGAAAUACACAGUAGACAAUGUAAGGGUUAUCCUUCUUGGAAGAAACCAUGGCAAGGGAGAAGCUAUAAGAAAAGGAAUGCUUCAUUCACGUGGUGAACUACUAAUAAUGCUGGAUGCUGAUGGGGCGACCAAGGUUAAUGACCUAGAAAAACUUGAAAAUCAGAUACAUGCAGUUGUUGAAGAGGAACAUCGUUUUGGCAAUUCUGCAGCUAAUGAUUUGACUUUAAGAAUCUCAGAUGUCCCAAUUGCCGCCUUUGGUUCACGUGCUCAUCUGGAGGAGAAGGCUCUCGCAACAAGAAAGUGGUACCGCAAUUUUUUGAUGAAGGGUUUCCAUGUUGUUGUUCUUUUGGCUGCUGGUCCUGGAAUUCGUGAUACACAGUGUGGUUUUAAGAUGUUUACUAGAGCUGCUGCACGGAAGCUUUUCACAAACAUACGUUUGAAAAGGUGGUGCUUUGAUGUUGAGUUAGUCUAUUUAUGCAAAUACUUUCACAUCCCUAUGAUUGAGUUAUCCGUAAACUGGUCAGAAAUUCCUGGAUCCAAGGUGAACCCAUUAAGCAUUCCAAACAUGUUGUGGGAGCUGGCACUGAUGUCUUUGGGAUAUAGGACUGGCAUCUGGAAAAUCUAUACAUGAGUCAUUUUGUGAUAAAACUCACCGAAAACAACAUUUUAGUCCUGGCCUCAUUUGACCACGCAAGAGUAAGAUGUUGCACCUGCUGAUUAAAAGUUCUAACUCGCAUCUGUGGAAAACAAAGCGUUUCCAAACACGUUUUUGCUGUCGAAAUCAUCGCAGGUAACCUGAGCUAAGCUUAGUCUUGUAAUUUUGUUUGAGGAGCUACUUCGUUUCAUUCCUUUUGAUAGUUACAGUCAUAAAAUGUGAAUCAUAUGUCCAACUUUAUGUUUCUAGAUGAUUUUAAGGAGAGAUCAACAUCGUUUUAAGUUUGUCUAAUGCCUUGAUAUUUGAGAAAUGAUUUGGUGACCCUUUGGGAGCUGGUUAGGCUUCGGCUUUCC